CUAUAAAAUGAUCUCAACUGCUUCAAUCAAAAUUUCACAAAACCCAUCGAAGAGCAGAUCACAAAACCCAGAAGAGCUCUAUGGCCUCAAGGAAACAUUUUUUUGGCAAGCCUAAACACAUCUAUCCACAACCAGAACCAGUUAUGUCUGAAAACGACAAGAAUGUCUUUGAAUUCGACGAAUCCGAUAUUCACAGUUUAGGCUAUCAUCAGAAGCCGAGUCCUCCAUCUGAAGCGAAGAGAUCGAUAUCAAUCUCGCGACUGCGGAGAAAACCGGCGAAAGUCGCAGAUUCCUCCGGUUUCGAUAGCCGGAAAACGACAAAGACCGGUUCGCUUCCGGUUAACAUCCCGGAUUGGUCGAAGAUUCUCAAGAGUGAGUAUAGGAGCCAUGUGACGAUACCAGGCGACGACAGUGACGAAGAUGAGGAGGAUGGCGAUGAGAUCAACGACGGUACGACGACGGGAGGAAGACGAAUGAUUCCGCCGCACGAAUAUUUAGCGCGGCGGAGAGGAUCUUCGUUCACGGUGGACGAGGGGUUUGGUGGAACGGCCAAGGGGAGAGAUCUAAGGCGUUUGAGGAACGCGAUUUGGGAGAAGAUUGGGUUUCAGGAUUAAUAAACAACUGGUAUAGGAUUAAUAAUAAAACUCUAAUAGGUAGUAAUAUAGAUUAUGUUAAAACUAUUACUUAAUUACUUCAGAGCAUAAGGAGGACUUCGUGUUUUUCUGGGGGUUUAGGAUCGACUAUAGUUUCGGUCCGAAGGAGAAUUUUUCGAUAUCCUUUUUUGCAUAUUUCUUCUUGUUUUUAUUCUUUUUCUGAAGUUUUGAUCAUCCUGUCCUUUUUCGUGUUCGGUAAUGAUAAAUGAAAACUUUAUAUU